UGUCGACUAGUAAUAUCAUGGACUGGUGUGACACGGAGAUUAUAAUUACACCAUUUUCUUUUAAAUGGACCAUUAAAGGAUUUAAUCCUUACAGUAGACAUAAUUUAAAAUCCGGCGCGUUUGUUGGUAAUGAUGCAAAUGGUAAGGAAAUAAAAUGGAUAUUGGAGCUCGAUCUUAACUCUAAUCCAGAUAGUAUUCUGGCUUGCGUUGGAUUAAUGAAUCAUGGAGCAUGUGAUUCCUUUGUAAUAUUUUCCAUAUUAGAUACUGAAGGAAGAAAAGCAGUUUCAAUUAAGAAAGAUAUAGAAGUCUACGAUUACUCCCCUUAUGGUGAUAAUUUAAUUCGAAGAGACGUAAUUAUUGCUAAAUCAGACAAGUUAUAUCCUAAAAAUGUCUUAACAAUAUUAUGUGAAAUUCAUGUUAAAAGUAGAGUUGUCACAACUAUGAAAUCACAAUGUCUUUCUGACAAAAUGGCUCAAGAAACCAAAAGUACGUUGCGUGAUGAUUUGCACAAUCUUAUUGAAAAGAAGAAAUUUUGUGAUGUUAUAAUAAAGACAAAGGAUGAUAAAGAAUUCCAGGCUCAUAAAAUUGUAUUGGCGGCUCGUAGUGAGGUUUUUGCUGCCAUGUUUGAGCAUAAAAUGAAAGAGAAUGAAGAUAAUUGUGUCAAUAUAGAAGAUUUUGAUAGUGACGUAUGUGAGGAAAUGCUGCGCUAUAUUUACACCGGUAAAGUCCCAAAACUAGAUGAAAUGUGGGAUGAACUGUUAGCUGUAGCUGAUAAGUAUGAUUUGAAUGGCCUCAAAACUAUAUGUGAGCAAAAGCUGACCUCCGAUCUGUCGAUGGAAAAUGCAGCUAAAAAGUUAGUUUUAAUAGAUCGUUAUGGAUUAGAAAAGUUGAAAGAUCAAACUAUACAACUAUUAAAUGAAAAUGCCAAAGAGUUCAUUAAAUCUGCUGAGUUUGAAGAAGUGUAUAGAAAUUAUCCGAAUUUAUUAAAAGAAUUAUACAUUUCAGCUGUAACAAAAAAAUAAAUUUCAAUAAAUCGUAUGAAUGUAA